AUGUCUGAAAGUUCCUCAGGUCUGACUUCAAGCAGUCACAAACCCUGUACAACUGAUCCGUCCUGCUGCUCCAUCCAAAGGGACACUCGUGCUCUUCCACUGCUUUUAUCACAAAACAGAGGAUUCCUCAGGCACAGCUGUGAUUCUGAGCUACCUUUCCCACUUCCCUCUGAUUCUUUUAAAUAUCUCAACUGGUGUGACAUAGAGGAUCAUGAUGUUCCAGGAGAUCAACUUUAUUGUCCCCGAGUCAGAGAAGGGCCUACAGAUGAAGAGCUGUUUUUCAGAGGAGAAGAACUUCUUUUGAAAAAAAGAAAACAAGUAACUGAUACAGAGAAGUGGCAAAAGAAACUGCAAGAGAACUGGGAAAACUGUGCUGAGUUGAACCUUUCAUUUCAGGACCUGGGUGAUCUUUACCAGGUAGAAAACUUCCAAAGGAUACUCCAACGAUUAAUUAGAGUGGAAAAACUUUGGCUGGUGGACAAUUCCCUGACAGACCUCAGUGCCAUAAGAUUGCCAAGAUGCAGAGAACUAAACGUCAGUAAAAACUACUUUACAUCCUUCAAGCAGCUGCCAAAGGUGCCUCAAAUUCAGCAUUUAUCAUUAGCUGAAAAUAACAUUAUGACACUAAGUGGAAUAUCAGACUUCAGACAUACUCCACUUGAAUCCCUUAUACUCAAGAGGAAUCCCUGUGAGUUUCAAGAGAGAUACAGACAACUUGUAUUCUCCAGUCUGCCAAAUCUGAAAAGGCUGGAUGGUAUCCCAAAACUGCCAGAGGACUGUUCACCACCAAAGAUCAGGUUUCUUUUCAGAGUGUGUACCAUACUCUAGCCCUGUAUUUUUGCAGGAUCACAUCUGUGCUAGAAUCACCU